UCUACACAACUUUACCAGGUUGGAGAAAUGGCCUUAGAUAACGUGACCGUUGCAGCCUUGGGUCGACCUUUCACCCUGGGAAUGCUCUAUGAUGCUCAGAGAGAUGAACUGAUCCCAGGUUUAACAUUGUGGGAUGAUGAAACUCGGCAUGGCAAGGUAGCUGAAAGCCCUCAGCGCACCAGUGCUUUUCAGAUAUCUGCUUCUGACUCCACUGAAUCCAAGUGCAAUCUGCUGGAUGUUGAAGCUUCUCUGAAGGCCAGUUUCCUGGGUGGACUGAUAGAAGUCGGAGGAUCUGCCAAGUAUCUGAAUGAUAAGAAGAAUUUCUACAAUCAGAGCAGGAUGACAUGUCAGUACAAAACUACCACCAACUUCAAGCAGGUAAUGAUUGAACAACUAUCCUUGCAACCCCAACAGAUGGAGGUCAUUAAGAAGAGCUCAGCAACACAUCUAGUCACAGGCAUCCUUUAUGGGGCAAAUGCUUUCUUUGUGUUUGACAGUAAGAAGUUAGAUGCCAGCAGUGUUCAGCAAAUCAAGGGCAGCAUGCAAGCUGUGAUAAAGAAGAUCCCUUCAUUUGAUAUUGAGGGGAAAAUGGAGCUGAAGCUGAGUGAUGAAGAAAAAGCCCUGACACAGACAUUAUCCUGCAAGUUCUUUGGAGACUUAAUUCUUGAAAGCAACCCUGCAACAUUUGUAGAAGCAGUGAAGACCUACGUACAACUCCCAAAGCUACUGGGAGAAAAAGGAGAGAAGGCUGUUCCAGUGAAGGUCUGGCUGAUGCCGCUGAAGAAUUUGGAUCCUGAAGCUGCUGAGCUGAAGAGAAGAAUUAGCAGCAGACUAGUGAGUAAGGUGCAGGAUAGUUUAGAAGAUAUGAGGGAAAUAGCUCUAAGGUGCAACAAUUCUCAAGAAGACAAUGUGCUAGAUCAUUUUCCUGUGAUUCGAGAAGAGUUGAGCACUUUCCAAAAACUGUGCGAUAGUUAUGCAUCUAACCUCCAGCAGGCCUUGGCGGAGAAACUUCCCUCCAUCCGUGAAGGAAAAGAAGAUGAGAGCUCACUGAUCCAACUCUUUGAUGACAGAGACAAGUCACCAUUCAGUCAGGAAAAACUAACCAAGUGGCUGGAUCAAAAAGAGAGAGAAAUCAACGUCAUCAGCUCCUGUGCAGAUACCAUGGAGGGAACAAAGAUCGUCCCAAAUCAGACAGAGCUGGACAGAGUGGUUCUUGCUCCAGGUGUAGACAAUGUUCUGUGCUUUGUUUUCACCUCAGUGGAAAGGGGUGAUACCGACCUUGAUGUGAUGGCCGACUACUUGCAUUUCUCUAAAUUAGGAAGUACCAAUGAAGAUCCAUGGUACUACUCAGCUGAAGUUGUCACCAAAAUGAGAGACAAAGCCAAAGCUUUCCAUCUCUUUGCCAAAGGACUGAAGAACAGCAGUCAAUUCUGUUUCCUCAUAGCAACCAUUGCAAACAAGAACUACCCAGGAGCAACCAUCUACCAGUACAAGAAUGGCCUUCUGGUCAAUGAAGACUUUACAAAGCCUGUCAUCCCUCCUUUGGAGACCAUCACAGACAGAAGUGAUCUGAUGUUGUGUAAGUCUGUUGCUGAUGCUUUUUCUAGUCAAAAACAUGCUGUAGUGGUAAACCAGGUAAGGUUGGUACACUUUUUGCUUUUUCCAUAAGUAGUUAAUAUUUGC